AUGGCCGCUAGUCUUUCAGAAAUAUACCCAAAGCGGAAGUUGGAGUUGGAGGACAUCACAAACAGGCACAAGAAGGCAAAAGGCAAGGAGUACUUCCAACCCGUGCAAGAAAGGCUGCCUUCGCCUUCGUCGCCUUCCCUGUCCCUGCCCCACAAGCCCCGCCAGAAAUCCGUAUCGUUUGAGCUUUCCCGCAACGAGCAUUACGAAAACCUGCCUCUUUUGACCCCAAAGGAGGACGACUACGACUCCGAACCCCACGAGGAAGAGCCAGAGCCAGCAAAGCCCCAGCAGCUAGACAAGAACCCGGACUACGUGGCAUUGGCAGCCACGGCCGACAUGUUGGCAUCCACGAAAGCAAAAAUCGAAGACGACUUGACGGAACUCUCUGCCCUCAGAAAAGCCGCCAAGUUCGAGUCCAAGCUGGCCUUGGUCGACUUCUACGUGCGCCUCAUUUGUCCCGACGCCUCCUCCAGCUCUGAGUCCAAAUCCCACAGUAAAGCCUCCGAUUUGCCUCAGCAGCACCGCAUAGUAUCUGCCCCUUCUGUCAACUGGGCGAAAUACCACCCGGGCUUGCAAAACGCCUCGCUAUCUCACGACUGUACGAACGAUUACGAAAAAGUGUUCAAGGGGUUGCACAUGUUUCCCAACUGA